AUGAACUUGGGUCGCCAUUCCAUCUCGUCCACUAAUCCCGUACAAAUUCUCGAUGCCAAGUUUGACGCAGAGUGCGAGAUUUUUGCCGCUUCGACCCCAGCUGGCUUUGCUGUCUAUCGUACAAAUCCUCUGCAGCUGAUCCGGAAGCGGGAACUUACGGGCGGAACACUUGCUGCAGUACUGCCAUUGCACGCCUCAAAUAUCCUCUUUCUGUUGGGUGGCGGUCGGAGUCCCCUAUAUCCUCCCAAUAAAGUAAUUCUCUGGAAUGACGCACUUGGGAAAGAGGUCGCAGAAUUGGAAUUCAGAGAGAGGGUCAGAGGUUUAGCUUGUCGGCGCGGGUGGCUUGCUGUUUCUCUACGACGGAGAGUGGUUGUUUUCCAGGUAGGCGAAACAGUAACGCGAUAUGGCGAGUGGGAUACGUGCGACAACCCACGAGGCUUACUUGCCAUGGCCACCUCGCCGUAUUCCACGUUACUCGCAAUUGCUGGUCGCCAGAUCGGACAUGUUCAGUUGAUUCGUUUGCCACCCUGUUCUCUACCUGUACUUGGAGCGCCGCCCUCAUCCUCACCACCUAUUAAAGCACCACAUCCAUCAUCAAAACAUCCAGUAUCUAUUAUUGCGGCGCAUACUAGUGCAUUGACCACUUUAUCUAUACCCACGUCAGGUCGCUUGCUUGCUACCACCUCUGUUCGCGGAACUUUGGUGCGGAUAUGGGAUGCUACAACCGGCAAAUUGGUCAAAGAAUUCAGGCGGGGUACAGAUAAAGCAGAGAUCUAUGGUGUUGCUUUUCGACCGGAUGAACAAGAACUGUGUGUUUGGAGCGAUAAGGGUACUGUGCAUGUAUUCAAUCUCGUGGUCUCGGGAGCAACAAAUCGGCAAUCUACAUUCUCUCCCCUCACUCCUUUUCUUCCACUUCCGAAGUACUUCGAAUCAGAAUGGUCUUAUGCCCAAUACAGGAUCCCAGUCCAGUCAUCUCAUAUCUCCAUCUCUUCAACAUCUCGAUCUUCUGGUGUUGAUCUUCCCGAAGAAGAACGGUGUGUGGUUGGGUGGAUCCAGGUGUCUUCUGAAGAAGCAGCAAACCCAUCAACCACGUCAUCUUCCCCGUUGGAAUAUCAGCUCAUCGUGCUAACAUUCACUGGAGGCUGGUAUCGUCUCUCACUACCCAAACUUACGGGCACGUCAAAUCCUCCCCCCGGACGACAUCCCCCCUCUUCUUCUUCGUCGUCGUCCUUCAAACCUAAACACGCCUCUCAAUCCAAAUCUAUCAGCGGAUCUUCUGCUACUGCCCGACCUGACAAAGGAAAGGAAAGGGCGCGAGGUGACAGUGAUAAGAAAGAGAGCCGGAACUGUAUCUUGCAAGAAUAUCGUCGAUUUGGAAGGUGGGACGGCUGGGGUUAG